AUGCAGGGUAUCAAGGACGUAAGGUGGCUGUCUCGUGGUGAUGCCAUAGCACGGCUCGCGGAAGUCUUCCCUACAGUGGUCUUGCUGCUGUACGAGUAUGACAAGAAAACGUACAACAUCGUCACAAGCUUCAAGUUCCAAAUCCUUCUCUAUUUCCUUGCUAAUGUGAUGAAGGAGUUGAACUACCUCAACCUCAAGUUUCAACGACGUCAGGUUGACGUGACAGUGGUUCAGCCAGUUUUGCAGCACACGCUGAACACCCUAAGUAGCCGAUGCAUCGACUACAAGGAUGCGUUCGGCGACAACAGUGGCAAGUUAGCGGUGUUCCUGCAAGAACAUCAGAGUCGCCAGCAGCGCUCUGUGAAAGUGGAGGGUGUUGAUUCAGACGGCACGCCCACCACCCACACAUACGAGCUGCACGAGAAGCACCUGAAGGGGCAGACCAGCGGGUCGGGCCUGCAAGCAUGCAUAAACUUCGCCAGCGAGUUUGCCAAGGAGGUUGUCUUCAACCUCACUGAUCGUAUGAAGGAUCUGUCGUCGCUGAAAGGAGCUCGACUCUUCCGUCAGAGCGCUUACCCUAGCACGCGGGCGAGGCGUGAGGUAAGGUUACCUCAAUGGCUGCAGGGACUCAGGGAUCUCUUCAAGAGAGAGCCGGGUGAUCCUGACACACUUCUGAGUGAGUAA